UUCUUCACUCCUUCGGAGGUCUCUCCUUGGAGAAGGGGGGGCGCAGAGCAUGGCCGAUCCCGAGGCUGACCCGGAGCUGCCCCUUCCUCCCCCUCCUCCCCCGGCUGCUUCCUCCUCGUCCUUCUCCUCUUCCUCCUCCUCCUCUUCCUCCUCGGUCCCCGAGGGUGAGGAAGGCCCGGUCCGCUUCGCCCGCAAAGGAGCCCUCCGCCAGAAGAACGUCCACGAGAUCAAGAACCACAAGUUCACCGCCCGCUUCUUCAAGCAGCCCACCUUCUGCAGCCACUGCACCGACUUCAUCUGGGGCUUUGGGAAGCAAGGUUUCCAGUGUCAAGUUUGUUGCUUCGUGGUGCACAAGCGCUGCCAUGAAUUCGUCACUUUCACCUGCCCCGGUGCGGACAAGGGCCCCGCUUCGGACGACCCUCGGAGCAAACACAAGUUCAAAAUCCACACGUAUUCCAGUCCUACCUUCUGCGACCACUGUGGGUCCCUGCUCUACGGACUCAUCCACCAAGGGAUGAAAUGUGACACCUGCAUGAUGAAUGUGCACAAGCGCUGCGUGAUGAAUGUCCCCAGCCUCUGUGGGACAGACCACACUGAGCGUCGGGGCCGGAUACACAUCAAGGCUGACAUCGAGAACGACGUCCUCACCGUCAUAGUACGAGAUGCGAGAAACCUUGUCCCCAUGGACCCCAACGGCUUGUCGGACCCCUAUGUCAAGCUCAAGCUCAUCCCAGACCCCAAGAGCGAGAGCAAGCAGAAGACCAAGACCAUCAAAUGCUCCUUGAACCCUGAGUGGAAUGAGACCUUUAAGUUCCAGCUGAAAGAGUCGGACAAGGACCGUCGUUUGUCGGUGGAGAUCUGGGACUGGGAUCUGACCAGCAGGAAUGACUUCAUGGGGUCUCUCUCCUUUGGGAUUUCAGAGCUGCAAAAGGCUGGAGUGGACGGCUGGUUUAAGCUCUUGAGCCAGGAAGAAGGCGAGUACUUCAAUGUUCCUGUCCCUCCAGAAGGCGAAGAAGGCAAUGAAGAGCUCCGACAGAAGUUUGAGAGAGCCAGAUUUGGCCCCGGAGCAAAGGCCUCGGAGGAGCGGACCCCGAACGCCGUCUCCAAAUUCGACAACAACAAUGGCGCCCGCGACCGCAUGAAGCUCUCCGACUUCAACUUCCUGAUGGUCCUGGGCAAAGGCAGCUUCGGAAAGGUGAUGCUCUCGGAGAGGAAAGGCACAGACGAGCUCUAUGCCGUGAAGAUCCUCAAGAAGGACGUGGUCAUCCAGGACGACGACGUGGAGUGCACCAUGGUGGAGAAGCGGGUCCUGGCGCUGGCCGGCAAGCCCCCUUUCCUGACCCAGCUCCACUCCUGCUUCCAGACCAUGGAUCGCUUGUAUUUUGUGAUGGAGUAUGUGAACGGCGGGGACCUUAUGUACCAGAUCCAGCAGGUUGGGCGGUUCAAGGAGCCCCAUGCCGUGUUCUACGCCGCAGAGAUUGCCAUUGGGUUGUUCUUCUUGCACAGCAAAGGAAUAAUUUAUCGCGACCUGAAGUUGGACAACGUGAUGCUGGACUCCGAAGGGCACAUCAAGAUCGCCGACUUUGGCAUGUGCAAGGAGAACAUCUGGGACGGGGUCACCACCAAGACCUUCUGCGGCACUCCGGACUACAUUGCACCCGAGAUAAUCGCUUAUCAGCCCUAUGGGAAAUCAGUGGAUUGGUGGGCCUUUGGCGUCCUGCUCUACGAAAUGCUGGCCGGGCAGGCCCCCUUCGAAGGUGAGGAUGAAGAUGAACUCUUCCAGUCCAUCAUGGAACACAACGUGGCCUACCCCAAAUCCAUGAGCAAGGAAGCGGUGGCCAUCUGCAAAGGGUUGAUGACGAAGCAUCCGGCCAAGCGCUUGGGCUGCGGCCCCGAAGGAGAGCGCGACAUCAAAGAGCACGCCUUCUUCCGCUACAUCGACUGGGACAAACUCGAGCGGAAGGAGAUCCAGCCCCCGUUCAAGCCCAAAGCUUGCGGACGCAGCGCCGAAAACUUCGACCGGUUUUUCACCCGCCACCCGCCCGUCUUAACGCCACCCGACCAGGAAGUCAUCCGGAACAUUGACCAGGCAGAAUUCGAAGGAUUUUCCUUUGUUAACUCUGAGUUUUUUAAGCCUGAAGUCAAGAGCUAAGUAGCCCUCGUCCGUCGCAGUUGCAAACCACCCUCCAUUGCUCCUCCUCCUCCAUCGCUCCUCCUCCUCCUGCUCAUCCGUCAUGGCGACAUCCCUUCUUAGCUUUGGGUUUUCUUUUGGGGUGAUGCCAGAAUGGCCAUCUCUCCAAAGUCCAAAGGUUCAAGGGGGCAUUUAAGUCCAAGUUACGUGUCCAACGGUGAUCCUUUUGUGGCGAUACCAGAAUGACCAUCUCUCCAAGAUCCAAAGGGUCAUAGAUGACAUUUGCAUCAGGUCCAAGUGUCCAACUUAUGCAUCCAAGAUGGGUUUUUUGGUGGUUAUACUAGAAUGGCCAUCUCUCCAAGGGUCAAGGGGAGCAUUUAGGUCUAAGUUAUGGGUCCAAAUGUGAUGCUUUUGUGGCAAAACCAUAAUGACCAUCUCUCCAAGUCCAAGUGUCCUUGAUUACAUUCAUAAGGUCCAAGUGUCCAACUUAUGGGCCCAAAGAUGUUCCCUUUUUCUGGUGGCAUCCAUAGAUUUGAUUCUGUAACUGCUGGUGUUGCUCUUUCAUAUCAAUUCUAGAAUGUCCAAAGGGUCAUGGGGUACAUUGCAUCAGUGUCACAUAUGGAACAAGUGCCCAAGGUGAUCCUUUUGUGACAACACCAGGAUGACCAUCUCUCCAAGGUCCAAAGGGUCAUAGAUGACAUUUGCAUCACCGAGUGUCCAACUCAUGGGUACAGAAAUGCUCUUUUUCUUUGGAGGUAUCCAUAGAUUUAACUUAAUAACCAUUUAUGUUGCCCUUUUGAGCAAUACUAAAAUGACCAUCUCUCCUAAGGUCCAAAGUGUUACGGGGGACACUCAGGUCCAAGUUAUGGGUUAUGGGUUCAAAGAUGCUCCUUUUGUGGCGAUACUACAAUCACUUUUUCUCCAAGGUCCAAAGGGCCAUAGAUGACAUUUGUAUCAGGUCCGAGUGACCAACUUAUGGGCCCAAAGAUGUUCCUUUUGUGACGAUAUCAGACUGGCCAUCUCUCCAAGGGUCCAAAAGGUCAUGGGGACAUUUGCAUCAGGAUCAUACAUAGGACAUGUGCCCAGUUUAUGGAUCUAAAGAUGGAGAACAGAAAGUUGAGAAAAGGGGACAUGAGAGCCAUAUUUAAACAUUUGAAAGCAUGCCCUAUUGAAAAUAGAGGCAAGCUUGUUUUCUUCUGCUCUAGAGACUGGGACACAAUGGAGCAAAGGAUCCAAAUGGAAAGAAAAGAGAGUCUACCUAAACAUGAAGAAGAACUUCCUGGUGAUGGGAGCAUUUUGACAGUGGGAAAUAUAUUAUGGGGUCUCCUUCUUUGGAAGUUGUCAAGCAAAGGCUAGAUGGCCAUUUGUCGGGAGGGCUUGGAUAGUGUCUUCCUGCUUGGCAGAAUGGGGUUGGACCGGAUGGCCCUUGGGGUCCUACCCAGGAAUCUAUUAUUCUCUCUCUCUCUCUUUCUCUCUAGAGGUUUCUAAGCAAAAGCUGGAUGGCCAUCUUUUGGGAGGGCUUUGAUUGUGUCUCCCUGCAUAGCAGAAAGGGGUUUGACUGGAUGGCCCUUCUGGGACUCAAUUGAGCAAAGGAUCCAAAUGAAAAGAAAAGAGAUUCUACCUAAAUAUUAGGAAGAACUUCCUGGUGAUGAGAGCAUUUUGACAGUGGAAUAUAUAUUAUGGACUCUCCUUCUUUGGAAGUUGUCAACCAAAGGCUAGAUGGCCAGCUCUCAGGAGGGCUUUGAUUGUGUCUCCCUGCAUGGCAGAAAGGGGUUUGACUGGAUGGCCCUUGGGGCCCCUUCCAGGAAUCUAUGAUUCUCUCAAUCUAUCUCUUUCUCUAGAGGUUUCUAAGCAGAAGCUGGACAGCCAUCUGUUGGUAGGGACCGGGCAGUGUCUUCCUGCCUGUCUGAGUGAAAUUGGACUGCAUGCCCUCUGAGGGUCCUUCCAGGAAUCCAUGAUUCUAUCUAUCUAUUUAUCUCUUUCUCUGGAGAUUUCCAAGCAGAAGCUGGAUGCCCAUCUGUUGGGAGGGAUCAAGCAGUGUCUUCCUGCCUGGUGGAAUGGGGUUAGGCUGGAUGCCCUCAGAGGGUCCCUUCUAUAGGAUUCUAUGUGAUUGUGUCAUUUUGUGUUCCUAGUACCAGGAAAGAGGCAUACAUGCACACAGAGAGGGAAUGCCAGUGUGGACUUUGGCACUCCAUAUUGGAUUGCAGGUUCCCCACUAGAUGAUAAUGAUGAUGAUGAUGAUGAUGAUGAUGAUGAUGAUGAUGAUGACAGGAGGGUUCCUUUGAAGAAAUGGUCAUUCUGGCAUCCCUUCCAUUUCCUUUCCCAAACCUAAUGGAGGCGAAUGGGGCAGGAGGUUCAGGGCUCUGUGUGUCUGGUUGCCAAACCCACAAAUUCCCCUUCUGUCCCUCUGUGCUUUCCGUGUGUCAAACCAAACUAAACAAAUUGAAGCCGGUAUUUUAAGAAAAGAAGUCGGUAUUUGUGUUACUUGACUGAAGCUGUAAAGUAUUUCAAUUUUCCUUUAAUGCUAUAACCUUUUUUGGGGGGGAGGUGGGAGAACCCAAGAAUGAUGGGGUUCCGAAGUGUCUGUAUUUGCAGAGAGAAAAGGGGGGAAAUCCUUGCAAGAUGCUGCUGACCAAUUCUUGUAUUUCCUCACCUCCUGCUUGAGGGGUGUUUUGCUUUGAGUCGUUCAUGUGCCAACAACAACUUCUUUUUUUUCCAGAUACAAUUAUAAAAUAAAAUUUACCAAAAAAUCAGAAA